UUGCGUCACUGGUGCGCGCCGCGUGUCCGGGCGCGAUGGCGGCGCUGGGCGGGGACGGGUUGCGUCUGCUGUCGGUGUCGCGACCGGAGCGGCAGCCCGAGACGGCGGCUCUGGGAGGUCCAGGCCCCGGGCUGUGCUGCUGGGUGUCGGUGUUCUCCUGUCUCAGCCUCGCUUGCUCCUACGUGGGUAGCCUCUAUGUCUGGAAGAGCGAGCUGCCCAGGGACCACCCUGCCGUCAUCAAGCGGCGCUUCACCAGUGUCCUGGUGGUGUCCAGUCUGUCGCCCCUCUGCGUGCUACUCUGGAGGGAACUCACAGGCAUCCAGCCAGGCACAUCCCUGCUCACCCUCAUGGGCUUCAGGCUGGAGGGCUUUUUCCCAGCAGCACUGCUGCCCCUGCUGCUGACCAUGAUCCUUUUUUUGGGCCCGUUGAUGCAGCUGUCGAUGGACUGCUCCUGUGACCUGGCAGAUGGGUUGAAGGUUGUCUUAGCCCCUCGCUCCUGGGCCCGCUGCCUCACGGACAUGCGCUGGCUUCGGAACCAAGUGAUUGCGCCCCUGACAGAAGAGCUGGUGUUCCGGGCCUGCAUGUUGCCCAUGUUAGCGCCAUGUACAGGCCUGGGCCCCGCCGUGUUCACCUGCCCACUCUUCUUCGGAGUUGCUUCGAUUCCGCCAGAGCAGUGUGGGGAGCAUCUUCUUGUCCGCAGCGUUCCAGUUCUCCUACACAGCUGUCUUCGGUGCCUACACUGCUUUCCUCUUCAUCCGCACAGGACACCUGAUUGGGCCAGUUCUCUGCCACUCCUUCUGCAACUACAUGGGCUUUCCUGCCGUCUGUGCAGCCCUGGAGCAUCCACAGAGGCGGCCUCUGCUGGCAGGCUAUGCCCUGGGUGUAGGACUCUUCCUGCUUCUGCUCCAGCCCCUUACGGACCCCAAGCUCUACGGCAGUCUUCCCCUUUGUGUGCUUCUAGAGCGGGCAGGGGACUCAGAGGCCCCGCUGUGCUCCUGACCAACGCUCUUGUACACACUCCUAUGAACUCUCACGGGCUCCUCAGCCCCUCCCCAUCAAGGGGUCCUGCAGGGGAGGAGCUGGCUGGGAUCCCGAGAUCUCAGGAAUUUUUGUAGGGGACUGAAGCCAGAGCUAGUUGAAUCCCAGGGACCAUGAGAAAGGAGCAGAAAGGUGCGGCCCCUCUCAAACGAGGGGGCGAGGAGCAGGCCCCAGGAGCCGCGCACUCCCUUCCUCACUGUGGACUGCUGCUUCUCUGAGCUCCUCUGCCCCAGAAAAGCUGCUGGGGGUAGAAUUUACAGAUCUCCGCCCCCCAACUUCCCAGGGUUUUCUCAUUGUCUUUUUGCAUCAGGACUUUGUAUUGGGAUAUUAAAGAGAUUUAACUUGGGUAA